UCCAUAGGAAGAGGCUCUCUAGGGGGGUUCUCUACAUGCUUGCCAGUCCCCCUCUUUGGGGACUGUUCCACUGGGCAUGUUCCCUCACUCACUAAUUGCAGAUCCCUCUGCACUACGUGGGAUGGGGUUUUGUACUCUCUAGGGACUGAUCUUUAGGUGUCUGCUCUGCUGGGGCAGCAGAUUCUGCUCUAUAACCCCUGGGAUUUGGUUGUAAGUGUUCUGGCUCCACAGGGGCCAGCCCCACACCGUGCUUGUAGGUGUUGAGUUCCACAGGAGUGUUCCCUGGAGGGGCUGUGACCCACAGAGUCCCUGCUUGGGGACAGCACAUCCCUCACUGCAGGACAGGACAGCCUUGCCGUGGGGCUCUUGGGGCAGCACACCCCUCACUGAGAUUUUGGGUGGCACACCCCUCGCUGUGGGGCAGGGGGCACUCCCUCCUCGCUGAGGCAUUUUUGGGCAGCUCUCCGCAGCGCCGCGGUGCCGGAGCUGCAGCAGCUCAGCCUCUGCAGCCUCUCAACCCCACCGGCGCUUCCGCUGCUCCCGCCAAGCGCUUUAAAUAAUAAAUAAAUUGAGUUCAGAGGCAGCCACAGCAGAGCCCUGCCCCGGGGCAUCGCUCCCGCCGUGCCAGGGCUGCGGGGACACGGGGGAGCCCUGUGUCCCCUGGGUCUGGGGGCACCCCCUGCACGGAUGUGAGAUGAUGCUAAAUGAUGGAAAAUAUUGGUGAUAUUCCCCCAAAAAAACCCCACAGCCAGGAUUGUGUAACCUUAGGGAUACCCCACUUUGCUCUUCACCCCCCAGAUCCCUCAGGGAACACCUCAGAUCCGGAGGGGGAUCCCAGGAUCCACCCAGCCGCACCCCAUUUUUGCAGUGCACGGCCAGGACCUCGCUGUGGGGGUGUCCCCGUGCUUGGGGCAGCGUUUGAGCGGGGGGGAGCUUCCACCUGCUCCUCGGUGGCCCCCGCAGGUGCCGGCAAAGGGCAUUUCGUGCAGUUGGGAAGCAGGUCGUGCAUCCCGGCGUCUGGCGAGGCGGGAGGUGUUUCCCGGUGCCGCAGGAAUUUGCUGUUUGCGCCUGUGUUGCAGGAGGAAUCUCUGCAAUGUGCCGGCUGCUCCCCGGGAGGCUGGGGUGGCCGUGAGUCACUGCUGCCGCUGGAACGUGACUCAGUCCUGCUGCUCUGCCGGCAGGACAUGACCAGACUGCCAAAAAGCGGGAGAAGCCCCAGCUCCGAUUCCCGCCGGCGGGCGAGGACACGCGAAAUCUCCUCGGGGAGCUCAGCCUCCCACUUCCCAGGGAGCAGGCAGCUCCUUGCCGCGGGGCAGAGCUCGGCAUGGGGGGCACAAUGGGCUUAUUUAUUUGUUUAUUUAUUUAUUCUCCUCUUUUUUUUUUUUUUUUUUUCCCAGCUAGGAAAACCCUCUCCGCCCACUCUGGCUCACCCGUCCAUGCAUCGCCGUGGGGCUGGGGGCAGUCCCUGGGGUUUUGCUUCCUCGUUUUCCAGGCUCUAUGGCAGCACCCCAGCUGUGACUCAGCUAAUCAUCAUGAUCGAAACAAGAGCUGGACUCCAGCGCUGGAGCACGGAGCCACCAAACCCCCUCACCUGCCCUGGAACGGAUUGUCAAAAAUGUGGGGAAAGCCAUUCCCUGUCACCUGGGCUGCAGAUGGGGAAACUGAGGCAGGGCUGGUUUCGGGCACGACUCUCACCCACUGCAGCAGCGUCUGCCAGGCAGCUGUGGAAUUUGCUCCCGAAUAAACUGUCAUGGAAAUGAGCCCUUAUGUAUAUUUAUAGGAAUCAUCCUGCCAGCUGGAAUCUAAUAGGGGAGAAAAUAAACUGGGAAACUGCCUGGAACAGGAGGGCGGUGCCU